AUGGCGAGUCCCGGACAGAAAGUGGUACUGAUUACCGGCUGUUCCUCCGGGAUCGGUCUGAGGAUUGCCGUGACGCUGGCCAAGGAUGAGCAGAAGAGAUACUACGUUAUAGCAACAAUGCGUGAUUUGAACCGUAAAGAUAAGCUAGUAGAAGCUGCUGGAGACACUUAUGGGAAAACUCUUUCUCUGGCUGUGCUGGACGUCUGUAGUGACGAGUCCGUCAAACAGUGUAUCAACGGCAUCAAAGAUCGCCACGUGGAUGUCCUUAUCAAUAACGCUGGGAUCGGGCUGGUUGGGCCUCUGGAGACCAUCACCAUUGAGGAGAUGAAGAAAGUGUUUGAGACAAAUUUCUUUGGCGUGGUCCGCAUGAUAAAGGAGGUGAUGCCUGAUAUGAAGAAGAGGAGAGGAGGACACAUCAUUGUGGUCAGCAGUGUGAUGGGGCUGCAAGGUGUUGUGUUUAAUGACGUUUACACAGCUUCAAAGUUUGCCAUGGAGGGCUUCUGUGAGUGUUUGGCUGUACAGCUCCUGAGGUUUGAUAUCAGGAUAUCACUGAUUGAGCCGGGCCCGGUGCACACAGAGUUUGAGGCAAAGAUGAUUGAGGAUGUGAAGCAGAAGCAAUUCCCAGGAACUGAUCCUGAUACUAUCCAUUACUUCAAAGAUGUCUAUCUUCAAUCUGCCAUUAACAUUUUUCAGCUUCUGGGACAAACGCCAGAUGACAUUGCUAAAUGCACCAAGAAAGUGGUUGAAGCAAGUGAACCACGUUUCCGUAAUCUGACCAACCCCAUGUACACGCCCAUCAUAGCGAUGAAAUACGCAGACGAAACCGGAGGCCUGUCCGUCCAAGGCUUCUACCACAUGCUCUACAACAUGGGUGGUCUUUUAACUGUCAGCGCCACUGCCAUGAAGUAUCUCACAUGUGGAUGUCUGAAGAGCCGGACAGUUUCACCAGAUUAGAGUUGACCAGAAUCCUAAAAAUGCCCUGAGUAGUGAAAGCACGACAAAGACCUCACACUGCCUCAG